GGGGGCGGGAGCUCGGGAGGGGGUGGCGGUCCCGGUCCCGGUCUCCCCUGCCGCAGCUGAGGCGCUUCUCUCCCCGCAGGUGCGGCCAUGGCGGACUCCACGCAGAAUGGGCCCAUGCAAGGCGGGGCCGGCGGCGGAGCCGUGCAAUUUCUGAUGGCUAACAAGUUGGAUACAGCAAUGUGGAUUUCCCGCUUGUUCACAGUUUACUGCUCAGCUUUAUUUGUCCUGCCUCUUCUAGGGUUGCAUGAAGCAGCAAGCUUUUAUCAGCGUGCCUUGCUGGCAAAUGCUCUUACUAGUGCCCUCCGACUACACCAAAGGCUACCACACUUUCAGCUUAGCAGGGUGUUUCUGGCCCAGGCUUUGCUGGAGGACAGCUGCCACUACCUGUUGUACUCUCUUAUCUUUGUGAAUUCCUACCCUGUUACAAUGAGUAUUUUUCCUGUUCUGCUGUUCUCUUUGCUUCAUGCUGCCACAUAUACAAAGAAGGUUCUUGAUGCACGAAGUUCAAACAGUCUGCCCUUUCUGAGAAAUCUUUUGGAGAAACUGAAUGCUAAUCAACAGAAUAUUCUAAAAUUCAUUGCUUGCAAUGAAAUUUUCCUGAUGCCAGCUACAGUUUUUAUGCUCUUCAGUGGGCAAGGGAGUCUGCUCCAGCCAUUCAUUUACUAUAGAUUUCUUACAUUACGCUAUUCCUCUCGGCGAAAUCCAUACUGUCGAAUGUGGAAUACACCUGGAUGCUAAAAAACCCCAAACCAGCUGAUUUAAGAUUACAUUAUUUCAUGUAACUGAACUUUUCUGAAAUGUACCAUCAUCCUUGAAUGGGAGCUUUCAGAACAUGCUUGUGUAAUUAAAAUUGGGAAAAGAAAGUCUCUUAAUUGUUCUGUAACCAUUUGCCAGAAAGAUGUCCUUAUUUUUAGAUUCCAGG